AUGGAGUUCGGUCUGUUUUCCGAGGAUUGUCUAAAGGAAGAGGAACUUGAAGAGUCAUCCGUGUUGCCACGUCUAUGCGCAAUUUGUAACAAUCCCCUUAAAGAUCCCUUAAUCCUGAACUGUCUGCAUAUUUUUGAUCAAAAUUGCUUGGUUGAUUACCAAAGCCAUGAUGGUUUAACUGAAUACGUUAAAUGUCCCAAAUGCGCAAGAAUUUCCGGUGGCUUGAAGACUCUCGAGCCCUUUGACAUGACAGUCGUCGAACAAAAUGAUCAGAAUGUUGUUGAGACCAGUGUUCUAAUGUGUUCUGCUUGUACGGAGGGGAAAGAAGCCCUGUAUCGGUGCAUUCAAUGCGCUGGAACUUUGUGCGGUAGAUGUCGCGACACACACAAGGUCAUGAAAAUGUUCUCUUCUCACGAAGUGCUUGAUUUAACUGAGCAAGAGAAAAACAAUAUUGGCGAUGCAAACACAUCCACAGAGGCCACAAAAGCCGUGGCUUGCGCUGACCAUCCAAACGACGUUUACUCCUUGUUCUGCAUGCAGUGCCGGGUACCGCUGUGCAAAACUUGUGAUGUCGACCACAGAGGCCAUAUUACCUUUGGCCUGAGUGGAAUAUCGAAUCACGUCAAAGUUUUCAUAACAGAAAAUCUGAACGAAUGUCGUGUGAACCAAAAUUUAUUACGUGAAACCUCGGAUGCAUUGCACUCAGCACUGUCCGACUUGAGCCUCUCUCGUGACACGAAUAAAGCGCAUAUCGAGGAAUUAUGCAAUGCCUGGAAGUCCGCGAUCGAUUCUGUUAAGGAGGAACUGCUGCAGAAAAACCGUGAAGUUCACAGCGAUUUUGAAAUGAAACUUAUGACUCAGAUCAACCACUUAAGGAAGACCAUCGACCACAUCGACUUUGUUUCCGAAUUUUGCCUAUCGUAUUUUCAGAAGUGUCCUACAGUCAAAAUGAGCAAAUUAGUCAAAGCUGUUCUUGGUUCCUUGGAGUACUUGAAGUCUGUUAGCUUCCAGUCUGACCUGCCGUCAAAAAUAGUGUUCGUGAAGGCUCCAGGCGAUGUUCGAGAAUUUAUACGAAGCCAUUUCGGUUCCUUCGAUCUACCUUACAAUCGUGAUAAGCGCAUGCUUCCUUUUCCGCUAGUCUGCUCGGACAAACAGCCACCUCUAAAUGUUUAUCCUGGUGACGAUAUCAGUAAUGCGUUUAAAAACUUGGAUCUCAAACGCGGCGUGUCUCAAGUUGAUUCAUUUGUGACACAGCCGUUGCCACUAUCUCUGCCGGACAACUCUAUCGAUUCCACCAGGUUCCAGGGUAACGGUAGCCCCUCAAUCGCAACGCAUCGUCACGAGUCAAUAAACAAUGCUACCAACAGUAUUUCGCCGUGGGGGGACUUAGGCACUUUUGACGGAGUUUCAUCACCAUUUAAAUCAACGGUGCCGUCAGUCAAUCCCAUGUUUUUGAACCAGAGCAUGGCCAUCACUCAUCCCGAAAUUCGCGCACCGUCGGCCUUGGGUCCUGGCAUGGAUCUCGAUACGGUCACCCUUCUCUCCAGGCCCAAAAUGCCGCCCAACUACAAUGCUUCGCUGUACGAAUACUCGCGUAUGCGUUCAGCCAGAUGUGGCAACAUGAUGCUGCUGACCAAGUGGGGUUCUCUUGGAUGCGAGCUCGGCCGUUUGAAUUCUCCCCAUGGAUUCUGUCUCGGUUUUGACGAAGAGAUUGUGGUUGCGGAUACCUACAAUCAUCGCAUCCAGAUUUUCACUAAGCGUGGUGAAUUCCUGUCAUGCUUCGGUGUGUCUGGAAGAGUCGAUGGAUUGUUGUGGUACCCCCGAAAGGUAGCGAUUAUACGACAAAGCCAGCGUUUUGUGGUCUGCGAUCGAGGAAGUGAGCGGUCCAGAAUGCAGCUAUUCAGCCGUAGUGGUCACUUUGUACGGAGAAUUCAAAUAAAGUACAUUGACAUAGUCGCAGGUCUGGCCAUCAACCAGCAUGGCCACAUCGUUGCGAUCGAUAGCGUCACACCGUCGGUGUUUGUGAUGUCCGAGGAUGGAGAUCUUAUUCGGUGGUUCGAUUGCACCAACCACAUGAAGGAGCCAUCAGACGUUGCCAUUCAUGGUCGUGAAUACUAUAUUUGUGAUUUCAAGGCUCACUGUGUCGUGGUGUUUCAAGAGGACGGAUCCUUUAUUCGCACCAUCGGUGGCGAGACCUUCACCGACUUCCCCAAUGGCAUUGACGUGAGUGACCACGGCGACGUCCUUGUUGGCGAUUCGCAUGGCAACCGAUUUCACAUUGCUGUGUUCAACGAUAAGGGCGAAUUGCUUAGCGAGUUUGUUUGCCAUCAGACCAAAGUGAGUCGGUCUUGUUGCCUGAAGAUAACCACAGAGGGUUAUGUGGUCACUCUGGCACGAAGCUCGAACAAUGUUCUUGUUAUGAACACCCUGUACAUCAGUUGA